CGCUGAGCUGAGUGGGGCUGAGGAGAAAGCAGUGCAUUUAAAACCGCCCAGGGAAGACACCGCAUUUACAAGGCUAUUUUUUUUUUUGCUGCCUCCCGCCCUCCUUCCCUCCUCGUCCCCGGUUGACUCCGGUCCGGUCCACAAUGACUUGGUCGAGAGGAAUGCAGCACCGGUUUACCUGAGCAACGGGACACUUGUUUUCUUUGAACCAACCAUCAGACACUUACUCUUCUGUGACUUUUUAUUUCAUUUAAUUGGAUGCCGUGUCGGACUGCUGCAGUUGCAGCCACUCUGAGAGAGACAGGAGGACUCGUGCUUGUGUCAAAUUGAGAGUGUAGCUCCAAUAAAGCCAAAGCAAGGUUAUGUAGGUAGGCAUCUCUGCCCUGUUGUUUACAUGUUGUAAUUGGAUUUUCCAUCAUUUCCAGCAGCAGAGGCAGCAGCCACAGUAGUAGCUUAGGCUUUCCUCCCCCCUCCUCCUCCUUCUCUUGUUCCUCCUUCUCCUGUUCGGGGCUUUUUGCCGGGUCGUCCAGGUUGUGUCGAGGCCGGUGGUGGUGAUAAAGAAGGAUGGGACUACCUGCUCUCGAGUUCAGUGACUGCUACCUGGACAGCCCGCAAUUCAGGGAGAGACUCAAGUCCCACGAGCUGGAGCUGGACAAGACCAACAAGUUCAUCAAGGAGCUGAUUAAAGACGGCAAGGCGCUGAUCCAGGCUUUGAAAUGUCUGUCAACAGCCAAGAGGAAGUUUGCUGACUCGCUCAACGAAUUUAAAUUCCAGUGUAUUGGAGACGCCGAGACAGAUGAUGAGAUAUGCAUAGCCAAGUCUCUUCAGGAGUUUGCUGCAGUCCUACAGAACCUGGAGGAUGAGAGAACACGUAUGAUUGAGAAUGCCAGCGAUGUGCUGAUUAUGCCACUGGAGCGGUUCAGGAAAGAACAGAUCAGUGCAGCCAAGGAAGCCAAGAAAAAAUAUGACAAAGAGACAGAGAAGUAUUGUGCAGUGUUGGAGAAGCACCUUAGCCUUUCAGCGAAGAAGAAAGAGUCACAUCUACAUGAGGCAGACAACCAGGUAGAUAAUGUACGGCAGCAUUUCUACGAGGUUUCGCUGGAGUACGUCUUCAAGGUGCAGGAGGUCCAAGAGCGGAAGAUGUUUGACUUUGUGGAGCCUUUGUUGGCGUUUCUCCAAGGCUUGUUCACCUACUAUCACCACGGCUAUGAGCUGGCAAAGGACUUCAACCACUUCAAGACUGAUCUAACCAUUAGCAUACAGAAUACGCGGAACCGUUUUGAGAGCACGCGGUCGGAGGUGGAGAGUCUGAUGAGGAAGAUGAAAGAGAAUCCACAUGAACACAAAAGUGUCAGCCAGCAUACCAUGGAGGGAUACCUGUUUGUACAAGAGAAGCGCUCAUUUGUGUCCACCUGGGUGAAGUACUACUGUACGUACCAUCGUGAGCCCAAGAAAGUCACCAUGGUCCUGUUUGACCCUAAAUCAGGAGGGAAAAUGGGAGAUGAAGAUAGCUUCAUCCUCAAGUCGUGCACCAGGAGGAAGACUGACUCGAUAGAAAAGAGGUUUUGUUUUGAUGUGGAGGCCAUGGAGAGGUCGGGAGUGAUCACCAUGCAGGCUCUGUCAGAAGAAGACCGCAGGUUGUGGAUGGAGGCCAUGGAUGGAAGAGAACCGGUAUACAAUCUGAACAAAGACAACCAGACUGAAGGAAUGGCCCAGCUGGAUGUGAUUGGGUUCAACGUGAUGAAAAAAUUCAUCUAUGCACUGGAGACUCGAGGUAUUGAUGAACAGGGCUUGUACAGAAUAGUUGGCGUCAGCUCCAGAGUACAAAAGCUGCUGAGCCUCGCUAUGGAUCCUAAGACAUGUGCUGACGUGGAGCUGGAAAACCCAGAGUGGGAGAUUAAGACAAUCACGAGUGCUAUCAAGCACUAUCUCAGAAUGCUGCCUGCACCCCUCAUGACAUACCAGUACCAGAGGAGCUUCAUCAAAGCUGCCAAGUUGGACAACCCAGAGGCCAGGGUGACAGAGAUCCAUGCUCUGGUGCACCGGUUGCCUGAGAAGAACAGACAGAUGCUGGAGCUGCUGAUGAAACACCUGGCCAAUGUGGCAAGUCACCACCAGCAGAACCUGAUGACUGUUGCCAAUCUGGGUGUGGUCUUUGGACCAACUCUGCUCCGCCCACAGGAGGAGACGGUGGCAGCCAUAAUGGACAUCAAGUUCCAGAACAUUGUUGUAGAGAUCCUCAUAGAGCAUCACGAGAGGAUAUUCAGGGACGUGCCGAAUUCUGCAGGCGGGUCGACCAACAUGCAGCUUAACCUGUCCAGGAGGAGAAGCACCGACAGCAAAGCCCCGUCCUGCAGCGAGAGGCCUCUCACGCUCUUCCACACACCAACACAUUCCCAGAAAGGUGAAAAAAGGAACAGUGUGGUCAGCACCACAGUUGGCGAGGUGCAGCUGCUGGUUUCCUCCUCUGCCAACUGUAACAGCAGCAGCAGUAGCAACAGCAGCAGCCAAGGUCGAACCCCGAGACACAGCCUGACCAGCAACGACGGAGAGCAGGACACCCGACAGAUCCGGCCCAGCUCACUGCUGAACCCAAAGAGUCGUGGCAGCAUACCAACCAGUGCAAAGUCUCCCAGCCCCACCUCACCACGUUCUCCCUCCUGGCCGAUGUUCUCAGCCCCAUCAAGUCCGCAGCCGGCGUCCUCCGCCUCCAGUGACUCCUCUCCUGUCAGUAUUGCAGGCAGGAAGGCUCGAGCGCUGUAUGCCUGCAAGGCAGAGCAUGACUCCGAGCUGUCCUUCAUCGCUGGGACCAUCUUUGAGAAUGUUCAUUCCUCCAGGGAGCCUGGAUGGCUGGAAGGGACUCUGGACGGACGAACAGGACUGAUACCAGAAAACUACGUGGAGUUUUUAUAGUCCAGGGUCGAGGAAAAGACUCGAACUGGACAAUAUUGGACCGGAGUUGACCAAACUGGACUGUAGAGGACUAGAUUUGACUGCACAAGUUAGAAAAUUAGAUCGUAAACUAUACAGGACUGGGCCAUUGUUAAUGAGGCCGCUGUUGUCUUGACUAGACUGGGAAUUGAAACUGGACCAAGAAGAUCCAUGCCGAAUGCAUAUGACGCUGUAACGAAGCAGACUAUGGAGAGACCCAUGAAUUGCACUGGAGAAAAAAAAAAUCCCACUGUGGUUUCCGGCUGUUAUUGGAUUAGUGUGGAUGACUUCCCAAGUCUUGGUGAAGAUGAUGUGGUAAUGAACCUGGAGUGUGUGUAUGUGUGUGUGUGUGUGUGUGUGUGUGUGUGAGGGAGAGAGAGAAAAGUGGGUGGGAGGGGAGGGAGGGUUAGGCGGGGUUGAUAAUUCUGAGCAGUGAGGCUUGUGAUUUUUCACCCCUUGCUUUAUGAAUCUGAACUGCAGCUUCAGCAUCGCCUAUUUUUACCAUCUUCCUGCAGAGAUGAUUUGAGAUGAUGACAGAGAACACAUACAAAGCAAGUGGCCUUUAACUUUGGACUUGCUAGUUCACCUCCUCAGUGUGCCCUGUUUGAAUAAUUGCUAACCCCGUUAAGGGGCUGAAGCUUUUAAAGCGGAUUUAAAUGAUUGUUUUUUGUUGUAUGGCUCAAAAUGUGUUUGCCAGCAUUCGCUAUGGAGGCUGGGUAAUUCCCCAGGACAAGACUCAACCUGGGUUAUGUUUCAAAGCUCCAGUUCGGCAACAGGCGCCCCAGGGCAGAUCAGCACAAGAUGAGGCCGCCUUCUAAACAGUUCGCCGAAAGGUGAGCAUUGGGUUUAUCCUUAUUUAUAAUGCCUCUCCCUGUAGAGCCCUCACAAAAAAUGUGAAAAAUUUCAAACAAGCUCCACGAGCAGAUCAGCGGUUUAUAAUGCCAUGUAGGAGUGACAACUGAUUCCUGCUGGGUAAAACAAACCCAGCUGUGGGGCCUCACUGUGCUUCUCUAGCUUAGAUUUGUUUUUUUGGGACUUUUGGAAAAUAGUUGGAUCCACUGUCAUGUAAAGUGUCGAGUCAAGCUCUAUUUUAAUCAGGGUGUUCUUUUUAAACCUGCAAAUGAUUGAUCAUUUAUUUUAACUUUUUCUCCUAGUUUUAAACCAUCAUGUGGAUUCCAUCCAACGUUGGUUUUUACAUUAGAUGAUCUAGUCUUCGACAACAUGGAGUGAGCACAUAGUUGUCUGCAUUAUGUAUGUCAUGACCUAAUAAUGUAAUUAACUGAAAAGGACAGACAUUUACAAUUUGAGUCGGAGUUUACUGACAAGGCUGUCAUGUCUGAAGAUGUGGUUUUCAGAGAAGUGCAGACAUUUGAAGAAAAGAGAAAGCAUACAUUUUUCAGAUAUGUAUAUGUGGGCUGGUCGUCUUUGGGGCUCCAAUGAAUUUUCUGAGUUAGUUUUCAUGAGUAAAGCUGAACUUUUUCCUUGAACCACUUGGUGAACGUCUGUAUUAAGUUUUCUGUUUUUUGUUGAACUUUAUUUUUGUCUUUUAGGACAGAACAUUGAAAGAAAAUCAAAUGGGAGAGGAAAAAAAACUUAAAUGUGAAAUAAGACUACUUUGUUCAUAUCUGAACUUCUUAUUUAUGAGAUUUUCUUAAAGGCGUAAUCCUGAACUGUAUUCAUUUUGAGGUGUUUUAUCGACAUUGUAAAUAUAUAGCAUUUGAUAAGGUAUAAUUUUUUAAGUAUGAAAUUUUAUAUUUUGUAUUUUUAGCAUACUAACUUAAUUCCUUAAUUCCAUCUUUGUUGCCCAGAUUUUGUAUCAUUUAAGUUUAUCUACAGCCUUAAAUAUUCUUUCAGAUAUUUUGGUGAAUUGACAUAAUUGUGCAGAAUUAAAGAUAAAUGUUCAACAGCUGCAA